UGGAAGCCGUGAAGCAGAGAAUAUCUCAUCGAAUACAAAACCGACUCAGGUGGUUUAAAGAAAGGAAUCCACUCAAUAUCGAUGAUUUAAUCCUAGUUAGGAAUGAAGAUACUUCGCCUAUUCAACUGCCUUUAGCCAGGAUUGUAAAAGUCAUGUCUGGGUAUGAUGAAAAAACUCGAGUAUUGCGUCUGCUAUCUUCAAGUGGUUCCUUUAUGAGACCAAUCGCAAAAUUCGUUCCCGUUUCAAAUUAAAAUAUGUUUCUUCUCUUGAACUUGAACAGAAUAGAAGCGAUACAGCAAUAAUUUAUUUCUUUUUUUCCGCGGCUCGAAAAAUAGGACAAAUUCAAUGAUAUCGGUAAUAUUAUAAGAGUUACUCGACUACCUCGUACCCCAUAAAUUAAUUUUGAACAGCACUAUUGGCAUUUUUGUACAAAUCUCUUAUCUAUUGAGUCCAAGACGUGGGUCCAGUAUUUUAACAUAUUUACUUUUUUAUUUUAUCAUUUAUUUAUGCCAGCGAAAUAAACUUUAAAUCUUAAAAGGUACUGAAAUUCAAAUUCGAGCACCUCACAAAAUUAUCACCAAUUUGAAUAAUUAUUCGUACUCCAUACGAUUGACCCAAAAAUGCGGUUCCCGCUAGGAAUGAAAAAACGUGCGAGGCGCGUGCCCGAAAUUGGAUGACUUCGAUAACAACGGAUUAAUCCAAAUCCGCCGAUUUAUUGGGCUCUAAACCCUAAAAUCGGCAAACAAGCAUAUAAAAGCGGUCCAAUUGCCAUGAGCGAGUCAAGUAUCCGGCGUUAUGGGGGUGAUCAUACUUGCUACGACCAUUUUGAGCAUCUUGUGCGACAGUCUCGCCGAAGCGAGAAGUGUUGAAUAUGAUGGUACCCUCGUAAUGGUUCAUACGCUUUUCAGGCACGGCGAUCGGACCCCUGACGACGGCGGAUACGAAAGUAACCCUUAUAACGACGAACAGUUCUACGAACCGUUGGGCUGGGGACAAUUGACCAACGAAGGCAGACGGCGGGAAUACCGUAUCGGUACUACCUUGCGGCAACGGUACAACGACUUUCUCGGGGACGUCUACGACGUCGAUCUGUUGGAUGCGCGAUCUACCAACUACAACAGAACGAAAAUGUCUGUAGAGUUGAUGUUGGCCGGUCUGUUUCCGCCCAAAGACGACCAAAUCUGGUUACCCUGGCUGCUAUGGCAACCUAUCCCUUACAAUUAUUUAACUUUCGACAAAGAACUCUUCUCUUGGACCUGCAGCAACUAUAAUGCAAUCUACAACGAGUUAUUAGCAAGCGAUGAGAUCCAGGAACUGUUCACGCCUUAUCAAUCCAUCUUUUCCUAUAUCAGCAAUUAUACCGGGCUUAAUGUGACCAAACCCGAUGACAUUUUCGGUUUAUACUGGUCGUUGAGAACACAACAAGAAUAUGGGUACCCAUUAGAGGACUGGACCAAGGAGGUCUACCCGGAAGUUUUUGAGAAGAUUGCCAAAGACGUAUACUAUUUGAGAAGCAACACUACAGCCCUCAAAAAAAUUUCAGGAGGAUUUUUGCUGAGGAAAAUACUGGAAGACUCUCGAAGGAAAAUAGACGGAACGUUGACUCCGCCUUCGAGGAAGUUAUUCAUCUAUUCCGCCCACGAGAUGAACGUCGCUACUUUCCUUGGCACUUUAGGAAUCUACCCGGGCGACAUCCCCGAAUACGGCUCUCACGUGCUAGUAGAGCUGCACAAAAUUAACGGCCAGUUUGGCUUUAAGUUCUACUACCAAAACUGGCAACAAAGCGAUCCCCAGUUGAUGAUCAUCCCUGGCUGCGAAUCCUUUUGCAAGAUGGAACUUUUCGAGGAACUCAUCGCGGAACUGAUUCCUUCCGAUGAGGACUGUGAGACUGCGUAGUUUGGUCAAAAAAUAGAUAUGGAAUAAACGAAACUUUUUUAAAAUUUCUGUUUCAAUUUUCCUGAGACUACCACUAACAGUAAAUUGCAGCAAAAAAAAGUCUGUCGUGCGGUAAAAGUAACACGGAAAACUAAAACGCUUACUAAUGAUAUUG